AUGGCAACUAUGGAGAACCAGUCAGAAGUGAAGGAGUUUAUCCUUCUGGGAUUAACGGAUGCCCCUGAGUUGCAGGUCCCCCUCUUCAUAAUAUUCACUACCAUAUACCUCAUCACCUUGGUGGGGAACCUGGGGAUGAUAGCUCUGAUCUCCUGUGACUCCCAUCUUCACACACCCAUGUACUUUUUCCUCAGCCAUCUCUCACUGGUGGAUUUUGGCUAUUCUUCAGCUAUUACUCCCAAGGUAAUGUCCAUGUUCCUCAUGGAAGACAAGAUAAUCUCUUAUGGUGGAUGUACUGCACAGUUUUUCUUCUUUGUGGCCUUUUCCACCACUGAAAUUUAUCUACUGGCUGCUAUGGCUUAUGAUCGUCAUGCAGCUGUGUGUAAACCUCUCCAUUACACCACCGCCAUGACAUCUAGGGUGUGUGCUGGUCUCACUAUUGGUUCCUAUUUAUGUGGUUUUCUGAAUUCUUCCAUUCACACGAAAAAUGCCUUUAGUUUUGAUUUCUGUAGUUCCAGCAUGAUCCAUCACUUUUUCUGUGAUUUUCCAGCACUUGUGACUCUCUCCUGUUCAGAGACACACAUCAGUGAAUUGGUUGUCUUCUUUGUUGUGGGAUUCAAUGUCCUUUUAACCCUUUUCAUCAUCUUGAUAUCCUACUUAUUCAUCUUUAUUGCCAUCUUGAGGAUGCGUUCAACUGAGAGUCGACAGAAAGCCUUUUCUACGUGUGCUUCCCACCUCACAGCAGUGUCCAUAUUCUAUGGGACAGUAAUAUUUAUGUAUCUACAACCCAGCGCUAGUCAUUCCAUGGACACAGACAAAGUAGUGUCUGUCUUCUACACUAUAGUCAUUCCCAUGUUGAACCCUCUGGUCUAUAGCCUGAGGAAUAAAGAUGUCAAGAGUGCUUUUAUUAAAAUUUCUCAGAGUGCAAAGUCUUCAUUAGUCUUAUCCUUUUAA